AUGCAGUUUGAGAUGCACGACAACGUGAAAGGCAAAGCCAUGUCCUAUCCAGUGACCAGUCAGCCUCAGUGUGCCAAUACUUGCUACCAGACACAGCUCAGCGAUUGGCACACGGGCCUCACCGACUGCUGCAACGACAUGCCCGUCUGUCUGUGCGGCACUUUCGCUCCGCUGUGCCUCGCCUGCCGAAUCUCUGACGACUUCGGGGAGUGCUGUUGUGCACCGUACCUGCCUGGAGGCUUGCACUCUCUGCGCACGGGCAUGCGGGAGCGCUACCACAUCCAGGGCUCCGUCGGGCACGAUUGGGCUACCCUCACCUUUUGCCUCCCCUGCGCCCUCUGUCAGAUGGCGCGGGAACUGAAGAUCCGCGAGUAA